AAAAGUUAAUUACCACUGACAACUCUUCAGGAGCAAGUUUCUCUCUCCUCUGAAACCCCAGCUGCUCAUUUUCGUAGGCAAGGAUUAUAUUGUUGAACUCCAUGGUUGGAACAGGGUUUGAGGAGAUCGAUCCCAAAGCUUUUUCUAGUAGUAGUUCGUCGAUGGAGGACUUUGGGGAGCCAAAUUCCGAUUGGACGAACUCCGAUCAUGGUCUUGAAGAAUUUUUGAAAAUGGAAAUGCCUUCACCAGAAUCAUUGAUGUCACUAGAUUUUGGCAGUCAAAGUAUCCAGUCAGUACUGUCUUUUGAUCCAUCAAUGCUAAAUCAGACAACUGGCAUUCAGUUUACUGGACAACAACAUGAUCAACAUGCAACAUCUGGUGUGAUGGCAGAUAUGAAUCAAGCAAACGUGCACUUAGGGCAGCAAGGUUCAGAUAUAUCCUUAACUAGUAGGUCCAAAAUAAAUGAUCCUAAAGUUUUGACAGAUGACAAGGUUACAAGGAAAAGACAGAGGGAUAGAGAUUACAGAGAAAGACGCAGGAAAGAGAGGAUGGAAACGAAGGACAAUCUAGAGGCACUUGGCGAAGAAAAUGAACAUUUGGAGAAGGAGAAUGAAUCUUUAAAACGGGAAAAUGCUUUGAUGAAUCAAACUUUAGAAUCCCAAGCAGAAGAGAUUAAACAACUUAGAAAUGAUCUCAAUAAUAUGAAGUUUGAGCAUGGGAAGCAAAAUAUUCUGGUACAGAUACUUUCAUCAGAACUUCUAGCCAAUCCUGAACUUCAACUUGAAAAUCAACGCCUCAAAGAUGAAAAUGUUAGACUGAGGAAUAAAGUCGACGUUAAUGAUUACUCAUCACAGCUUAUAAAGGAGAAUGGAAGCCUGCGAAUUGAAAAUAUGGUACUCAGGGUGCAAAAUGAUGCUCUAUGUGAGAAGAUUGCCAAUGAUAAUGGUUAGAACAAGGAAAAUUGAAGUUUGACUUUCUUCUAUUGAAUUCUUUUUGAUAAUGCAUUUAUUACUUUAUAUAGUUGUAUAUAAUAAAUAUGAAUUUGUUAUACAUUUUGAAAGAACUCUCCUCAUAUUUACAACGUGUUUUUUUUUUUUU